AUGACGAGUCCUCAACAAGAUCAAUUCUCCGACGAUGCGCAACAUGUCGCUACCGUACAUCCAUCCAAAGACAUCUCUCCAUUGCUGAACCUUCCAGGUGAACUACGAAACAAAAUCUACGGUUACCUCCUAGCAAAUACACCACAUCCAGUCAGCCGAGGCCACAUGUCACUUCUCCAAUUUACAAACACAUGCGCUCAGAUAAGAUGCGAAUUCCGACCAUUGCUGCUAUCCCAGCAUAUCGUUAACAUCGACGACGCAUGCCGCUACAUCGAGACGUUUCUCAUUACCACGAAGAUCGACGUCGAUCGUCAAGAUAAGUUCCUGCCUGUGACAGAUGUACAUCUCGGUGUUGGACAAGGAAGAUACAACGGAUUUCAAACCACCGACCUCAUACCACUCUUACGACUUCUCAUCAACCAUCCAGUGGACAUCAAGGUUACUUUCAACGACGAUCCAGACACUAAUGUUGAGUCGUUAGAGCAGCUCUUGCGAUAUCGAAGCAAACACUGGACCUCGUUGCUCACUCGCAACGACCUUGUUGGCAUUCUGGAACUGAGAGCGCGGACGUGGGGAAGUGGGUUUCCUGUGUUUGUCCUUGCGGGUCUCAGAAAACAGAACAAUGGCCAGGCCACUUAUUCUACUGUCGACAAAGUCAACUGUAGCUGGUUUGUUGGACCCAGCGGCAGGCUCGUCGAAAAGAUACGUAUCUUCGAAGGUCAGAGAGGCUGCCUGAUGAUGAAUCUAUCGCGGGGCUGUAAAAAGAGAUGA